CAGCAACUAACAGUGGUCAAGUAUAUUUUGUUUGCUCAUCGUUCUUGAAAAGUACAUAGUUCACUAUUAGUCAGAAGGUCUUCUGGCUCGAUUGUUUUUUCACGCUGGUUGAUAAUAAUAAAUACAUCUGAAAAUGUCUCAAGACGUCAACAUGCAAGCUGAAAAGGACACAGCACCAGUUUAUGGUGGUUGUGAAGGACCCGAUGCUAUGUACGUAAAAUUGGUCAGCAGUGAUGGACACGAAUUCAUUGUUAAACGAGAACAUGCUUUGACUAGUGGUACCAUCAAAGCUAUGUUGAGUGGACCUGGGCAAUUUGCUGAAAAUGAAGCUAAUGAAGUUAAUUUCCGAGAAAUACCGUCACAUGUUUUGCAAAAAGUUUGUAUGUAUUUCACCUAUAAAGUUCGAUACACAAACAGCAGCACCGAGAUACCAGAAUUUCCAAUUGCACCUGAAAUAGCUCUGGAACUUUUGAUGGCUGGUAAUUUUUUGGAUUGUUGAAAAUUGAAUUUGUCCAAAUAUUUUAAUAUUGACUGGACAGUCUCAUUCAAAUGUUCAAGUUUCAAAGGGAGAAAGUUUGAUCUGGUGGUUGUAAAAUCUAGCUACUUUGCCAUAGAGAAGCUAGAUUCUUAGAAUUAAUAUUUUAUUGUUUAAAUAACUAAGCACACAUUCCUGCUGGGAGUAAAUGCAUUGAAAAACAUUAGAAUAUUUUUUCCAAAUUAUUUAACUAGUAAUUAAAAAAAAACUAUGUCACUUAACUAUAUUUCAUAUAGAAUUCUGCUGACCAUACGUGAAAUACAUUAAAAAAAUAUGCAUCCAUCAGAGAAAAAGGAGUUAGCUUACAUUUAAUAUGAGUCUAUGUUUACCAAAUAUGUCUAUAAAGUUUGAAUACUUAUUUUGUUCAGUUAUAACAAAACUUCAUGUUGAUGACUUUGUAAAUGAAUAAGUUGCAACUGAUACAUAUUUUUUAUAAUUAUUUAUUUAGAAGCUCUUUUAACGGCAAUAAUGAUUUUGAAAUAAUAUGAUUAGACUUUGUUUUCAGAUUGUUGAAACCUAUUACUGGUUGAGUUAAGUUAAGACAGUCUGAUUUCAAUUAUCAAAUUACUCAUGAACUUUUAAGUUUAAGUUACUAUUUAGUUGCUUAUCCUGCAUCUAUAAUUAAAAUGUAUAUUCAGUAUCAAUUGAUUUAAAUCAUACACAAAUUUUCAGACUUUCUUACUAUUUCUAUGAUAAAUACAUUUUAUUUCUUUAUACUACCACAUAGUGUUCUCAAGUGCUAAACAUAACAUUGUUUACAUAAAAUUGAUGAUAUAUUUGCAAAUGCCACCAUCUGGCAAAUAAAAAUUGAAACAUAUUUUUUAAAACUAUGGAAGAAAAUACCCAUCUUAUAAAAGAACUAAGAAGAAUAUUAUAAUAAAUAGUGCGAGUUCA